AGUUUAUUGCUUUUGUACUUGGUUUGAGAAAAAUCAUAUUUUGCAGGAUACAUUAAAAUUUCUCAUUGAGGAUGAUGACAUGGAUUUGGUAUUAGCCUCGUUCUGGUGGUCUCAGCCUCUUUGCUCCGCCGCGAUUCUUUCCCAAGUGUAUCUAUGGCGGAACCACCAAAGCUCAGGGUUUUAAUGGUCUCUGAUUUCUUCUUCCCAAACUUUGGUGGUGUAGAGAAUCACAUCUAUUACCUCUCUCAAUGCUUGUUAAAGCUCGGUCACAAGGUGGUGGUUAUGACACAUGCUUAUGGGAACCGUUCUGGAGUUCGAUACAUGACUGGUGGACUCAAAGUCUAUUAUGUUCCUUGGAGACCUUUUGUUAUGCAGACCACAUUUCCUACAGUUUAUGGAACACUUCCCAUUGUGAGGACUAUACUUAGACGCGAGAAAAUCACGGUGGUUCAUGGACAUCAAGCUUUUUCUACGCUUUGUCAUGAAGCUUUAAUGCAUGCCAGGACUAUGGGCUAUAAAGUUGUGUUCACAGAUCAUUCUUUGUAUGGUUUUGCUGAUGUUGGGAGUAUCCAUAUGAACAAGGUUUUACAGUUUAGUUUAGCAGAUAUAGACCAGGCAAUUUGUGUUUCACACACGAGCAAGGAGAAUACUGUUCUAAGGUCUGGAUUGUCCCCAGCAAAGGUUUUUAUGAUACCAAAUGCUGUUGAUACUGCUAUGUUCAAGCCCGCUUCUGUUCGACCCAGUACUGAUAUCAUCACUAUAGUUGUCAUAAGUAGAUUGGUUUAUCGGAAAGGUGCUGAUUUGCUCGUGGAAGUCAUUCCAGAAGUAUGCCGUUUAUACCCGAAUGUUCGUUUUGUAGUUGGAGGGGAUGGACCUAAACAUGUGCGACUCGAGGAAAUGAGAGAGAAGCAUUCUCUCCAAGAUAGAGUUGAAAUGCUGGGUGCAGUGCCGCAUUCUCGUGUGCGCUCUGUUUUGGUGACCGGUCAUAUUUUCCUUAACAGUUCUUUAACAGAAGCCUUCUGCAUAGCUAUAUUAGAGGCGGCUAGUUGCGGAUUAUUAACUGUCAGCACUCGUGUUGGAGGUGUCCCAGAGGCGUGUCCUCUUCACGGUUCGCAGGUUCUACCAGAUGACAUGGUUGUACUUGCUGAACCAGAUCCAGAUGAUAUGGUAAGAGCAAUUGAGAAGGCAAUAUCAAUACUCCCAAGUAUCAACCCCGAGGAGAUGCACAAUCGAAUGAAGAAGCUCUACAGUUGGCAAGAUGUUGCUAAAAGAACCGAGAUUGUGUACGAUCGUGCCUUGAAGUGUUCAAAUAGGAGUCUUCUAGAACGUCUAUCACGGUUCCUCUCGUGUGGAGCUUGGGCAGGGAAGCUAUUUUGUAUGGUUAUGAUCCUCGAUUACUUGCUUUGGCAGUUACUUCAGUUACUACAGCCUGAUGAAGAUAUCGAGGAGGCACCCGAUAUCCGUCUUUGCCAUCACCGAGGCGUCGAGGUAUCCGAGGGUCUAAAGGAAGAGGAUAAAGUAAGAAAUGGGUGACUCAAGUUUCAUCUCCAUCGAUUUUUGGAUUUGUGCCCUAAAAUUAGAAGUGAAUCCCAGUAACAUUGUUUUAAGUAACUAAACUUAUUAUCUAUACAGUUUUCAGAUUUUUCAUUAUUACAUUCUUGUCUUUCCCAAACGGAAAAUAUUCUUCGAAAAGGGAGAUGAUGAUGAGGCAAAGAGUUGAUUCGCCAUGAAAAAUAAUGAUUACUUUUGAAC